AUGACAAGGCGUGGUCGAAGCAGCCUAGGCGCCAAUUUUCAAAAUCCCGAUUACUCGCACACGCCGGACAAGGGGCUUUCGACGUCGACGAAGACGCCGGUUUUAAGAAGAAAAACUAGCAGCCCCUUUCCUUCUCUGUCGACGACAAAAUCAAGGAAGAAGACCACCGGUGACAGUUUGCCCAGCGGACCCCGGCAGUCUACUUUGACACAGAUAGAUUUCGUGACGAGAACCCAGGGUUCGGAAUCGGACGAUGGCGGGUUGGAUUAUAUCCAAGAAGAUCAGAAACUUACAAAGAACGGAGGGAACUCCAAGGAAGUGAUUACAAUCGAAGACAGCUCGCAGAAUGACCCUGAUUACCAGCCGCUGCCUCCGCCGCGAACACGACAGGUCCGGAAUGUCCACUUUGAGCAGGCUGAUGUGGAUGACGAUCUAGAUGAUCCGACUCCGAAACGACGGAGGGUGUCCACCCCGAGCGAGAAAAGGGCGAAAAAGAAGAAUACCCCGCCAACAGGAAAUGGCAAAAAUAGGAGCAUGAAGAAGGGGAAAGAUGGCAAGAAAGAGAAGACUCUGACGCAGAUCGGUUACGUGCGGCGUUACCUUCCUGUUGAAUCCGAUGAUCUGGACCUAGAUUAUACGUCCUAUACUCCUUAUGAUCGAGACACUAAGAAGGAACAUAAUGGUACACCUAAGGAGAUUAUGAAGGUGGAGCAGAAGGGUUCCGAAAUUGAAGGGGCUAUGAAGCCGUUUGGGAAGGCACUUGUUACAGCAAGCAUGUCGACUGCAACAGCGACUAGCAGCCCUGUUACCCCACGAAAGUCACGGAAGUUUGAAAUUCCCUCUUCCCAGUCGCCGGAUAGCCCUGGGUUUGCGAUGAUUGCAGCAUCCCAGCGUCAAUGUGCAGGAGGUUCUCCGCUCAAAAAUGUCUCCCCCGACCUGCUAUGUCAGAGGUCGGAAGAAGGCUCCAGAUUUCAACGGGUAUUGAAGGAAGAGUCGCUGACACCUACACGUCCUCCCCUCCUUGUCGGCGAAAGUACUAUCUCUGAUUCUUCUAUGCUAUCCAAUUCUCCAAUAGCAAAUACGCAUGCAGUCAAAGAUGCCAAGAUCCAGGCGAAUGAUCCGAAGGGAUCGCAUCAGAGAGAUUUGGCCAUCCAUGAAAACAUACCGGCAGAAGAGAAGAACCAGGAGCGUGUCUCACACCGAGCGUUUGAGAAGACAGUGGUAUAUGAAACCGAUGCCGAAAGCGAAUAUGAGGAUCUCGAUGGUGAAAUGACGAGUACUGCUGGAUCGUCUCCGAAACAAACUGUGAAUAGCCAACAAAGACGUCUCUCAGAUAACGAACAGGAUUCUUCGGCUGAAGAUGAUUUACCUCUGCCGCUCAUGCAUUCCGAGCUGGACCUAGAUGAGACUGUUCUUCCUCCUUCCGAAGCUACCCUCUCAUCUGACGCAUCGGUUUACUACCGAAGACUGCAACCGGCUACCCAAUACCCACUCGAACCGAUCCCCAUGAUGAAUACACAGCAACUCGCCGAACUUUUUCCGCGCGAAAGAGGAGGUCCGUCGACGUCCUUGAAUGACUUUACUUUGGUGGCAAUGGCAAACCCAUCGACUACUCUACACCCCCAGGUCGGAAGCCCUGCUCAGAGCCAACUGAUAUCUCAACCCGAGACACAAAGCCAGGACAUGCAGAAUCUAGACGCCGAAGUCGUCCCGGAAUCUUCGCCUCUCAGACACGAAAUACGCCACCCGGCUCCCAGCGGAUCAUCCCAAGCCUAUCGCCAGUCGGUUAUUCAGGUAGAAUCCUCGCAACCAGCCGAUAGACUGAAAAGACGUGAAACCGCGCAGGGUCGACCCUACCGACCGCUCUUCUCCAAAAGUCAAUUGCUCUCUUCUAGUGUUAUGGAGAGUAUCCCCAUGCCGCAGUUCAUACUUGGCAGUCAAGACAGUGUCGGCGAGCCUUACAGUAUGGAUGAUAAAGAAGGCCCUAGCGAGAACUGA